AUGAAUAUUGGGCAGGGGCAGCCAUUUCUAGCAGCAGGCUGCUGCGUUGGGGUGGCUGGAAACAUGCAAGCUGUUGACGUUGCCCACUGUCUUGGGCCUAUGGUUUGUUUUGUUUCUUUGGCUGCAUGGAAAACGACACGUCGCUGGACAAUUGCUGCGCAAUCCAAGUACGAUUUGGCCCGACGUGCGGGAAUAGAUACAAAGCGACGGGACGAUAGGCUAAUUAAUUAA